UCCAGAGAGCCGUGGUAGAAAGGUUUUUUGCCACGAGCUUAACACGAAGAAUAUAUGACGAGCGUCAAUUAUCAUCGUAGGCAUACGCGCGUAUAUAUAUAUAUAUAUACACACACACAGACACACACGUGUUGUGUGUGUAUAUGCAUAGGUGAUCUUCUUCGUGCAAGAUGGCCGCACGGUUUCGCCGUUUUCUCGAUGCCUUAAUAUCCCUAUAGAAAAUAGUCGUGUGAAAGCUCUCGUAUAACACGACCCGGUGUGUUGCUCCCCUUUUCGUUCGCGUGUACGGACCGCUAACUCCCUUCGAUCAGUAACGUAGUCGUUUGGUGACAGGCCCUUAUUAAAAAUUUCUAUUCUCUAAGAUAGAUCGGAAUCGUGACGCAUCUUCCAUCGGAUUUCAUUGUUUACGCAUUUGUUAAAAUCAAAUUGUUUCGUUUAUUCUCCAUUUUUUACAUCGAAAGUUUAACAAGAACCAAUGUGUCUCUUUGAGAGGCGGCGUGCGACGGUAUUCGUUGUUACGUCGUUGGACGCAACGAGCGUUAAAAAAUGCACGCUUCCAACCUGGACGACAUUUGACUGACGGUUAGGUCUUCCUUUAUGGACUUUGACCCAUCGACUCGAACUUCUAAUCACGAAAGAAUGCGAGAGGUUCAAAGAGCGAAGGGGCUAUUGACCAAAGGAAAAAACAAGACCAACGAUUGCUUCGUGACAAUUGCCCUCGGCAAGGAAAAGUACCAGACCUCGGUGAAAGAGAAGGCUUCCAAGGACGUGGAAUGGCACGAGGAAUGCGAACUGGCCAUACCAGAACAAGGAAAUACCGCGGAAAUCGUCCUCACGGCAUUGCACCGUAACUUCCUCGGCGUCGAUGAAUUUCUCGGCACCGUUAGCAUUCCCUUGGCGAGUUUCGACGUUUACGAGAGACCCAAGAAUAGAUGGUAUACGUUGUGCAGUAAACCGGGUAAAGAGAAUACGAAAGACAGGGGCGAACUCGAAGUGAGGAUUGGCUUUAUAGUGAAGGCUGGAAGUUUGACAGAUCUCACGAGGAAGGAACGACACAAAAGUUCCCUCGGACAAUUGUCGACCGCGGCUCAAUCCAUCGGGGGUAGUUUGUUGAGUAUAGGUAGUAUCGAGAAGCGAAAGGGAUUGAAAAAAUUAGCCAAGUCUAUUGGUAAUCGCGUCAAAGGAAAGAGCAAAAAUAAAUUGAACAAAGAGAAUUUGGACGAAAGGGAAGAAGAGAAUGGAUUUCGUGCGACCAGCCAAGAACCCGGGGAAGCCGAUCCUGGUGUGAUCAGUGAGGACGAGGACGAAUUUACGUUUGAUGAUCUGUCCCACAAGAGUUCAGCCUCAUCGUUGAAUGCGCCGGCGGUUGCUACUGUAAACGGUACGAAGAAAAGCAACAGCGUGACGUCGGUCGCAUCCGCUGCCUCCUUCGGUCGCAACAAUGUCGGCCACGAGCAACAACAACAACAACAACAACAACAACAAACGGCACCGGUCACACCGGCCAACGUGGCCCCCAACAAGCCGCCGCGUUUCGCCACGAGUUCCUCGACUUCGUCCCUAUCCAAAAUCGACAAUCAAAAGGAGGAGGACGAAUGGGGCCUGAAACUUUAUGGGAAACAGUCUAACGCUCCCAAGAGAUGGGAAAGUACCAAGCUGAAUAAUCCAAAGAUUCUGGUAGAUGAGCCGAAGGACGAUAGAUCGGAUCUCUCGCCAACGCACUCGCCAUCGCCGUCGUCUAGAUUUAGAGACACCUCGGAACCUCCAAGUCCAGCUCCGCGUGAAAUUAUCCAACAUAAGAUUAACAAAGACGAGAAGCCGGCUUUGAUCAAGGAUAAAUUUUCCAAGGAGAAUAAUUUGAAGGAUAAGAGGGAGGAGAAGUUUGUCACGCGGAGUCCAAGGGAGGAGAAGAACGCGAAGAAGGAUAAGAAGAAUAAGGAGAAGGAGAAUAAAACCAAAGAAAUUAAAGAGGAGAAGAAUCGUCCUUCCUCCUCGGAAAGGAUCAUCAUAGGGGGAGAGGACGCGUUUAAGGGCGAACAUUUAACUAAACAUCGGCUAUCUCAUGAAAUUCUUUCUCAAUUUGACGGGAAAUCUAGAGAAGAUUUGAUAGAACUGACGCUACAGCUUCAAGCGGAAGUAGCGGACAAAAAGAAACGUAUGGUCGAUCUGGAAGAUUACAUAGAUUCGUUGUUGUUGCGUGUCAUCGAGUGUUCACCUCGUUUACUACAGAAUCCAUUUCAAACGCAAAGGCGCCUAUCGUCUCCUGGACAUCAGUGAAAAUCCACACGUGUUCUUCCAAUCGAACUGAUAUAUAUUAUCAUCUCUGUUAAAUAAUGUCAUUUUAUUCGCAAUGUGAGGCGCCUUAUUACUCUCGUUCGAUCAUUCGACGUUAGAGAAUGUUUGUGCUUUUAACUUAUUCCUCGUGACAAUCAUUUUAGCGUAUAGUCGUUUCUUUUUCUUUUCUCCCCGCCCCUUUUUAAUAAUUUCCACAAAUUUAUGCAUCGUUAAGUUUUAGUAGUAUAAAUCUGGAUAAUGGUCAUUGCUUGCCUGUUACUUUGCCGUUAAUUAAUGUCAUGCAUUUAGUAGCAUCCAAGCAUGUAUCGAGCAUUUUCCUGUCUUCCCAGUAUAACAGAACACGAAUCCAUCGAGGAAAUAAAAUUCGCGUUUUUUCUUACUACCUAUGUCCGUCCAAAUUAACUUACUGGAUGAUAUGUCAAUAUCUAUAAUAGAUCUUUAUAAUUCCAAAUAAAUUAUUUGAAAAUGAUAAUGAUAAAAGAGACCAAAAUUUUAAAUAUAUUUUUACAUGUAUAGAAAAUUGAAUAAAAAUAAAUAUACUUGUGCCUUAUGUA